AUGAAUAUCUUCCGGUUAGCGGGGGAUAUGAUGCACCUGCUGUCUAUAGUGGUGCUGCUGCUCAAAAUCCUGGCGACCAAGUCAUGCAGAGCUCACAAUGCUGCCGCCACCGCCGUCGCCGCCGCCGCCGCCUGCCCAGGCAUCUCCCUCAAAACCCAGGAGCUGUACCUGUUGGUGUUUGUCACGCGCUACCUCGACCUCUUCACGCAUUUCGUGUCCAUGUGA